AUGGCGGGGCCAGUGGCUGCGUUCGAAGAGCUCGCAACUAAGGUCGGCAAGCCAGCAACGUGGGCAGUGGGCGACGCAUCCAUGGCAGUCAGCGAUGGCUGGAAAGGUAUUUUCUAUGCGUUCCAAGCAACUGCUUCAGAGAACAGCGCCGCCAACGAGGAUCUCACGCCCGAGAUGACGAUGCCGAGGACCGUUUUGGACUCAGCAGGCAAGGUUAGUGUUCGCACGGGCGCGGGGAGGAAGCUCACGGCCGAGAUCAACGAGGGCAUCAAGGAGAAAGAUGAGCACAGCAAGUUCGCAGAGCUCACCGAGAAGAAGUAUCAGGAGGAGUCCACCUUCGACCUGCAGUCGGUCGAAGCCGAGUACUGCGCUUCCCCGCGCCUCGUCUCGCGCGAAGGUGGGGGGACCAGCGACCCAAUCGCUUGCGACAACGGCUUGACGUUCUCGAAGAAUGCAAUCGCGAAGUGGCGGAAAGGAGAGGCGUUCCACGGGCACCCGUGGGUAAAGUAUUGCAACAUGCGCAACACGGCGGCCAUCCUGCACUACAGGGAGAAGGUGUCCCUCGGCAUCAACAAGGUGCACGGGCUGCGCAAGGAGUGGUCAGAGGGUGCCUCAGGGUCCACUGAAGGAGGCCGCCCUGCCGACCCGCCCGCAAAGAGGCCGAAUAACUCAGAGGGCGGCGCCGAGCCCAAGGUCGUCGAGCCUGCGCCGAAGCCCUCAGGUGACAAGGAGAAGAAAGGCAAGGAAGACAAGACGGAGGAGUCGGAGAAGAAGCGCCUAUCCAGCGCGAUCUCGAAGCUCAAGGUGCUCAAGUCCAGAUACGCUGACGCGAACGCCUUUGCGGCCGACCUCUUCGACCUGGUCUCCAAGGACCCAGUUUGGGCUUGGGCGAACAACGAGAUCCUCCUGCAGGGCCUGCGCAAGGCGCGCGAGGAUCUGGACGAAAGGAAGAACGCCAGCGACUUCUGCAAGACGUGGGUCGCAGACGCUGAGUUCACCAAGAACGCGUCGAAGAGGUUCGAGGCAGCGAACAUCAUCACGCCGCCGCCGACUC